GGUCGUCGCAGUCCGGUUCUUCCCCUGCCGUUACCUCGCUCCUUCUCCCUGGCACCUGGCUCCUGUUCUGUCCUUCCACCCUUACACCCAUCCCUCCCGCUCUUCUUCCUCCUCCUCCCCCACUCCUAGCCCUGCUCCGCUUGCCAUGACGGCGCCCGGAGGAGCCGGCGGCGAGUUCGGCAACCCGCUGCGCAAGUUCAAGUUGGUUUUCCUGGGCGAGCAGAGCGUUGGAAAAACAUCCCUGAUCACCAGAUUUAUGUAUGACAGUUUUGACAACACGUACCAGGCAACUAUUGGAAUUGAUUUCCUCUCAAAGACUAUGUAUUUAGAAGAUCGCACGCUAGUUCCAGUUUCUGCUUUACAUAGCUCCCAAGAGGAAGGGCUGCAGGUCCGACUUCAGCUUUGGGACACAGCAGGCCAGGAGCGGUUCCGUAGCCUCAUUCCCAGCUACAUCCGUGACUCAACUAUUGCAGUGGUAGUCUAUGACAUUACAAAUCUGAAUUCCUUCCAGCAAACCUCCAAAUGGAUUGAUGAUGUGCGAACAGAAAGAGGAAGUGAUGUCAUCAUUAUGCUGGUGGGGAAUAAAACUGACCUUGCAGACAAGAGGCAAAUUACUACAGAAGAAGGCGAACAGAGAGCCAAAGAACUGAGUGUGAUGUUCAUUGAGACCAGUGCAAAGACUGGUUAUAAUGUGAAACAGCUCUUCCGCCGUGUGGCUGCUGCCUUACCUGGGAUGGACAGCACUCCAGAGAAAAGCAAAGACGACAUGAUUGACAUCAAACUAGAGAAACCUCCCGAGCAGCCAGUAACAGAGAGCGGCUGCUCCUGCUAAAGGAUCUGUUGCGUUGCAACCUCAUCCCGACUGCCCAGCCCCAUCUCACCGAAGAACAUCACUUUUCAUUGACUAGAGAAACUUCAACUUUUUGAGGGCUGGAGCCUCAGUCUAAUACACUAUCGAGCCCCUUGCCCUGUGGACACCCCAGCUGCUCCCUCCUACUGCAUGGUGUGAACCCUCAAGUGUGUCCUGUCCCAUGUUGGUUGUUGCACUUUGGGUGCCCUGGCACUCAUCUUCUAGGUUUCCUGUCUCGGGCGUGUGCACCUUUCUGUGUCGUCCUAUGAAUGCAAAGGGGCAGAACUUUUCUCAAUUUAGGAAAGCAUGGACAAACCUACAGCAAAGGACCUAGUGGGGCUGGGUCAUUCCUUACUUACUUCCUGUUGCUUUUUAUCCAUCCCCUUUCCAGAGGUUGCUCCUUCAGUUUGCCUGCUGUUGCAGCAUAUAUAUGAGGAUGGGGGAAGCAACAGGUGUACUCCACUGCUGACUUCCUGUAGGUUAGCCAUAGCUACCCACUUAAUUCCCCCUUUAAUCUUUGUUCCUCCAUUCCCUGAGGGGUAGUAAAGGGGAAGGGAGAAGGUAGCUCAGAACAUGGCAUUAGAUAUUUCUACUCCCAAGUUGUCAUUUAUCUUUACACAGUGGCUAGGUAUUUUUAAUUGCAGAUUGGCUUACCCUUUUUUCUCAAGCAUGUGGUGCUCAGUUAAAUAUGGAUAGGGAGGAUUGGCAGAACCAGACUGAAUAUGCAGAGCCUUAUGUGGGAAGUCUGGCUGCAGCAAAGUGAUGGACUGGGGAUAUAUUCUCAAGGACUAAACAAGAUCUGUUUCUAGGUGAGCUGUAAACUCUACAGUUACUAGCUAGAUUAAAACAGGGAUUUGCAGACUAGACUUGGUCCAGUGCUGCUAUUUCUGUAAAUGUACGGUAUGUGUCAUUUUAAAUAUGCAAAGUACUUUACAGUUACCUUUUAUGCUUCAUGGCUCUAUUGCCAUUUUUUACAAAUGACUAUGGGCAGUACACUCUCCCGUUAGGUGAGACAGUGCCUAGCUAUGAGAAAGUUUUUAUUUUAUUUUAUUUUGCUGGGCCAGACUAGCAUUUAAAGCCUAAAUGUAAGUGGCAUAGCACUUCUCCUUGAAUUGGUCCAAUUUUGGUCUAAUUCUGUCCCCCCCCCCAAAAAAAACUUGCUAUUGACCAGUUCUCCACAC